AUGCCCUUCCGCACGCUGUUCCCAGCACUCCUAGCCGCAGCGCUCGCGUUUCACCCGAAACUGCGACCGCGCACGCCGUCGCUGCGCCGCGGCACCAACGACGAUCUCGCUGCAUUCAGCCUCAACGACCUCAAGACGCUCGCGGCCGCGCGCGGCAUCGACGUGUCGGGCAUGACCGAGAAGGCCCAGGUGGCCGAAGCGCUGAAGGCGCCGCGGACGCCGCCGCCGGCGGAGGACGAGACACCAAGCGACCCGGCCGCCGCCACAACUGACGAGGUCCCGUUCGACCCGCUCGCGGCGCUGAUCGGAUCGGAGGGCGUGGCGCUCGACGGCUCGGCCUUCGAGGCCGCGGCCGAUCAACCAAUGGACGGCCUGGACUUCGACCCGCGCGUGUCGCCGCACGCGUACGAGGCGGCGCCCGCUUCCGUGGGAAUAAUCAUCGUGGACCACGGCUCCAAGGUCGCGGCGGCGAACGAGCGGCUGGAGAGGCUCUGCGAGGGCUACGCGACGACGCGGGCGCCGAAGCACUGGAUCGUGCGGCCGGCGCACAUGGAGCUCGCGUCGCCGUCGAUAGGCGAGGCCUUCGACGCGUUGGUGGAGGCGGGCUGCUCCACGAUCGUGUGCCACCCCUUCUUUUUGUCGCAGGGGCGGCACGUCCGGGAGGACGUGCCGGCGCUGCUGGACGAGGCGGCGAGUCGGCACAAUAUUCCGUACUCGCUGACGCCGCCGCUGGGCGAAGCGCCGGCGCUCCUCGACCUUGUCCAUGACGUCGUUUCGGCGGGCGUCAAGGACGCGACGCCCGACGCGGACGACGGCGGCUUCGGUUUUUUUGGCGCGAUCGCCGAGAUGAUCGAGGCAGAGAAUGCGCGAUAA